CGCUUGGUGGCGGUCAUGCUCCGUUUUGAUAUCAACUUUCCGCUGUGCGACGCCGAGAAAGAAGCGUGUUCGGCGAAGAAGAGCUAGACGAGACUCGAACAAGCUGAGGAAUCAUUUCAUAAGAUGGGGGACAGUGAUGAUGAGUACGACCGCAGGAGAAGGGACAAAUUCAGACGGGAGAGAAGUGACUAUGACCGAUCGAGAGAGCGAGAAGACAGACGCAGAGAUGACUGGAAUGACAGGGAGUGGGACAGAGGCAGGGAACGGCGUAGUCGUGGAGAGUACCGGGAUUACGACAGAGGUCGUAGGGAGAGAUUCUCACCACCUAGACAUGACAUGAGUCCCCAGCAGAAACGCAUGAGAAGAGAUUGGGAUGACCAUGGUGGAGACCCCUACCGUGGGGGAUAUGACAUGGGUUAUGGUGGUGGUGGUGGAGGAGGGCCCAGCUAUGGACCACCCCAGCACUGGGGCCACCCUGAUUUGCACAUAAUGCAGCCUCAUCAUGGUAUCCCCAUUCAGGCAAGGCUUGGUAACAUCCAUGACAUGGAUUUGGGUCCUCCACCUCCACUAAUGAAGAGCUUUAAGGAGUUUCUUAUUUCCCUGGAUGAUUCUGUUGAUGAGACUGAGGCUGUCAAACGCUACAAUGAGUACAAGGUGGACUUUCGCAGACAGCAGAUGCAGGAUUUCUUCUUGGCUCAUAAAGAUGAAGAGUGGUUCAGGUCCAAGUACCACCCGGAUGAGGCCAGCCGACUUAAAGCAGAGGCCCAGAGCGCCCUGCACAACCGUGUGAAUGUCUUCACGUUCCUGAUGGAGAAUGAAUGGUUUGAUAAUGUCUCUCUGGACAUUGAACAGACCCCAGCCAUCAUCAAAGUUCUGGAUGCAGCUGUGAUAAAGAUGGAAGGAGGGACGGAUCAUGACCUUCGCAUCUUGGACAUGCCAGCUGAAGAGGAAGAAAGCAGGGAGAAGCCAAUAUCUGUUUCAGUGGGUUCUGAACCUCCCAAGAGAGAAGACCUCAAAACCUUGGACGCUGACCGGAAACCUUCGGUAGAGAAAGACAAGAAUGAGAAGGAGGAGAGCAAUUCUGCCAACACAGAAAAUGUGGCUGCAGCAGAAGGAGAGGAUGUGAAAGAGGAGACAGAGAAAGAAGUUGCCAAAGAAGAAAUACCUGAAACCAAGAAGCAGAGAAGAAAGAGGAAGCGCAGUGGAGACAGUGAUGAAGGCAGUGCCUCAGAGAGCGACUCUGACUCUGAUUCAGACUCCAACUCCAACUCCUCAGACAAACCUGUGAAGAAGGAAGAGGUGGAAGACAAGGAUGAGGAGGAAGAGGAAGGCGAAGAGGAGAAACAAAAGGAGAACUCCGAAGAGGAGAAGAAAGAAGAAACGAAACCCAAAGACGACUCACCCAGACCUCGGCCUCUCCACCGUACCUGCUCUCUGUUCAUGAGGAGCAUCGCUCCCACCAUUUCCAAGGCUGAGAUCAUUGCUCUUUGCCGGAGAUACCCUGGCUUUCUGCGUGUUUGCUUGUCUGACCCACACCCAGAGCGCAGGUUUUUCAGACGUUGCUGGGUAACAUUUGACCGUAGUGUCAAUAUCAAAGAGGUCUGCUGGAACCUUCAGAACAUUCGACUGCGAGACUGUGAACUGGCACCAGGGGUGAACAGGGACCUGGCCCGGAGAGUGCGCAAUGUAAAUGGCAUCACUCAGCACAAGCAGGUGCUCCGCAAUGACAUCAAGCUGGCUGCCAAGCUCAUUCAUGCUUUGGACGAGAAAGGAGACCUGUGGAGCAACAAGCCCCAGGAGGAGGUGCAGAGCACUGAGUUGCCAGCUCAGAAUCCCAUCUUGAAGAAUAUCACAGACUACCUAAUAGAGGAGGUGAGUGCUGAGGAGGAGGAGCUGCUGGGCUCUGGGAGCGGGAUGGAUCCUGAGGAGAGCACCAAGGAAGGAAACCCUGCAGAGACCACUGUGGAGAGGGAUGAGAAACUAGCCAAGGUUUUGGACCAUCUGAUCUUGUAUCUGCGUGUUGUGCAUUCAAUUGACUACUAUAACACCUGUGAAUACCCGAGUGAGGAUGAAAUGCCCAAUCGCUGUGGAAUGAUCCAUGUUCGUGGACCCAUUCCUCCAAACCGCAUCACACACGGAGAAGUGCAACAGUGGCAGAAGAUGAUUGAGGAGAAGCUUAGUCCUUUGUUCAGUUUAAAGGAAAUUCUGUCUGAGGAUGAGGCGGGGAAGAUGGGCCGCAAGGAUCCAGAGGAGGAGGUGGAGAAGUUUGUGUUGGCCCAGCAUGAGCUGAGAGACAAAUGGCUGUGUCACUGA